AUGAAAUAAUCGUAAGUGAACAAAUUUCUUGCAAAUAUGACUAAUAGACAAUAUCUUUAGAGUGUGGCAUCUCCUACAACAACUGCUCCAAGCAAACACAAAAAGAAUGGCAGCUCAACUAUCAUAACUGGAAAUAAAUAUUUGGUAUAUGCUAAACAUUCUUCCAGACUAUUCAAAGACUCUUCUUCUAAACUUCCACUCUUGACAACGGUUAUGAAAACUGAAUCUUAAGAUACUCCUAAAACAGCAAUAAUGAGAACACGCAAAACUAGUGCAAAUUUAGGAGACUUUCGUAUUACACAAUUACACCACAGAAAUAAAACUGAGACUAUUCUACUUUAAAAUAACUUCACCAUUUUAAAACAAGAGGAACUCAAAGAUAAUUUUGAGGAAAUCUAAAAAGAAGAAUAGCCUCAAAUACCUUAGGUUCAAAAAUCAAUAGAACCAAUAUAAUAAUCUUUUGUUACAACUCAUAUACGUGAUUCAAUUAAAAUUUUACCAAAAGUGCAUUUAACUGAAGUUUUAGGCGAGUCAUAUCAUUUUACAUAAAUCAACUACAAUAGCUCUAAAAUAGCUAAAAUUUAAAUUAAAUCAUAGAUUAAUGAAAUCGAAUCAUUAAAUGAAAAGAGUUGCCAUCUAACGAGAAAACUUACGCAAUUAUUGAAUACACAUAGAGAAAAAUAAAAUUUGGUUGAUGUUGAAAUCAAAAAAAAGAAAGAAAUUCCUAAUUUCACAGACCGUGUAUUUACUUAAACCUUGAGUAACAUGCCUGAUGAAAGAAGUCCAAAAAUUAAUGAAUCCAAAUUUAAUUAAAAAUUGAGCACUAUUGCCAAGAAGCAAUCCAAAAUAAACUAUAAUUAUAGUGUUUAAGAGACUGAAUCACUUACUCCUUUGAAAACUAUAGUAGAGGCUCUAAAGAAUGAUAGGAAAGACAAUAAAGAAAAAAAUAAUAGUGAACUCCAAUAAACAACCCAACAAAUUUCAAAUAAAAAACUUAAAAUCACAGUUAUUUAUGAAGAGAAUGAAUAAUAAAUAGAAUUUCAUUUACCUAGCUACAUUAAUGAAACUUAGCAAUACCAAGAGUAGAUUGAAGUUAAGGAAACCAAACAAUCUAAUAUUUAUUCUUUAGUUUCAAAAUCAAUGCUUCAAAAGUAAACGAUGUCCCAAUAUUUUCUAGCAAAUUUGCUUUGAGACUAGUCAAAAAGUUUGGAGAUAGAGUCAUCUAAACUCAAGAAGAUAAUGAUGCAAUUGAAAAUUUUAAUUCUUUUAAAGCAUCCCAAUUCACUAGAUAUUAUCUCUAAAAUCAUAUCUAAAAAUGUUUGGAAACUAAAUAUUAAACCAAAAUUGAUAAUGAUGGUAUUCAAAUCAAUAGAUACGAAAUAUUUGAUUACCCUGUCUGCUAAGAAACCUAUUAUGAAAUGCUCAGCAAAAGUUCUAACUAAGUUGGAGUAGAUUAGUACAAUAUUUAAAUCAAUGUAAAUAUUUCUUCAAUAUAAGAAAAGCAAAACUAAAAGACUAUGUGAAAUUCAAAAUACCUUCUACUAAGUUUCUUAGAAAUAAUUCGAUUUGCAUCAAGUUGACAAUAGCAUCUUAAGUCCUUCUGGAUCAUAAUUAGAUUUAAGUGAUCUUGAAAUGCAAAACUACUUUAAGAUUAAUUACAUUUAUUAUAUCUUAAAUUUAGUUUCAGUAAGCGAUUUAAAGUAAGCUCAAUUAAGAUUAAUUGUCAACACUAUAGACGAUGAAACCAAAAAUAAGUUCCUACAUGAAGAGUUAAUGAAAUUUCCUGAAAUCAUAAAUGUUAUAACUCAAAAUUAAGAAGAUCUUGAUAUUCAAUGUAUCAUUGUUUUUUAUAAAGAGAGUUAUAGUUGAUUAAUCAAUUAGAAACCAAAUUGGCUUCAAGAGAUCAAACCAUAAUCAAGAAUUAAUUUGCAAACAAGUUUUACUCUCUUUAGGUUGGUUUUUUUGAAGAUUAUUUUAGUCACUAAGUUAGUGCGCUAGAAAAAAUAUAUAUUGAUGAUUGCAGAACCAUGAGAGAUCUCGAUAAACUCAAUAUCAAGGACAGAAUCAAAACUGAGCAACAUUCUAAUCUGAAUAUCCCUUCUAUUUCUAGAAGCCGACUCGCCUCCCCAACAGGCUCUGUAUUUAUAUUAAAUUAUAACAAGAGUGAAUCCAAAACCUUGUAAAAAGAAUUGAAUCCUAUGAUAACCAAAGGAUUAUUGCUAAAGAAACACAAAAGACAGAAAAAUUUAUUGACCACUCAAAAAUUUGCUACUUCCACGAGAGUCAUCCAACAAGGGAGUUCCAGCAAUUUAUAAACCUUAUUGCAUGCCAAUACAAAUACAAACACAAACACAAACACAAACACAAACAUAAACCCACUUCUUAAUCAAUAAAAAAGCUAAAAGUUCUAAACUCAAUAAAAAGAUACCGAACCUUAAGUAAAUAAUAAUGAAACCUAAAGGAAUAUUUAAAUUAAACAACAUUUUAAUUAAUAAUCAUCUAUGGAUCCCUCAUCCUUAUUAUUUAGAAAUAUGUUAUUAUAGGAAAGCUCUUAGAAUGAUAAAUCAAAUAUCGAAAGAGUCUUCUCCUUAAUCGAAGAUCAUAGAUUGAUAGAUUUAAAAGAUUUGCUCCAUCAUGAUCAAAAUAUAAAUAUCAAUACCCAAGAUUAAAAUGGCAAUACAUUUUUAAUAUGGGCAGCUAGGACUGGAGCAAGAGAUGUUAUAUAAUUUUUAUUGCGCCAAGGAGCAGAUAUUUCAAUAAAGAAUGUAAGCAUACUAUCUAAUUAAACUAGAACUCUGGUAUAAAUGCUAUUUAAAUGGCUGUAAAUAACUACCAUUAUCAAGCAGCAGAUGAAAUAAAUAGAUUUGGUAGAUCGAAUUCUUACAUAGCAAAUUGA